CGUAGCGUCAGUUUUCGUCUGGUUGUUGAGUUAAUCGCAAUUAUAAUCUCACGAGAGUGGUAGUUACCUCCAGGGAGUGAUUGAGUGAAUAAAAACUGAUAAACUCCCUCGAAAAAUCUAAAAAUCCAACUAAUUUAUUGAAGUGAAUAUUAAUUCCUCGUUUUUUUUUUCGAUAGAAUCAUUCGUGGUGACAAGGAAGCUGACAUAAUGGGGAUGAUAACCCGAGUGCGAGGAAGAGUCCGAGCAAAUUCGCUGACAGUUGACAAAGAGAAAACAGCGCAGAGUGUCUGUCUAUUAUCAGCAGUACUACUACUCCCCUACUGCCCACGAGGGCCACUCCCGCUUCUUCCGCCACCGGCUCCGGCUCUCUACUCGGUCCUAGUGCUACCGGUUGUCUUCAGUGCCAACUACAGAUAUCCCGUGUCGAGUUUGAAGACACUCGUGGGGACGUCCGGAGCUGUUGCCAAGAGAGCAUGGAGACCCCUGAGCACCUUCCUGAGACGCCUGUACGGACCGAUCGACCGAGCUGAGAACCUCUUCUUGAAGAUGAAGAAUAUUUCCCUGAUGGUCAAUCAGCUAGUGUUCCUGGUGCUCGCCGACAAAGUAUUGGUGCCUCCCCAGCAGAGGAUGACGUGUCUGUACAGUCUGAUGUUUUAUAAUGUCAUCGCUUACUGCGUGGGAUACAUAAAAGAGCUAGUAGAAAAGGAAGACUGGUCCCCUUAUGUCACCCUCACCGAGAGAUCGAGGAUCAAACAUUUAGCCAUGUCUGCCACGAAGAUUGUGCUUGAGUGGACCAAGGCUGUUACUUUCGCUGUUACUGUGACAUUCAUGCUAUUGGUGUUUGGAUUGGAACAGGGGUUGCAGAAUUACAAACCAUCGACGUCGUACACCAUCAUCACCUGGGCCUACUACUCAGCAACCGAGAAAGUCUUCGUCGACAUGUUCCCAGCAAUCCUCAAUUUCCUCCAACUGGAGGCCCUCGAGAACCUCGAAGCCCUCUACGCCCCGGUCAUCCUCCGAUCCUUCACCAUCUCCAUGUCCUCUCUAUUCACCCUGAUCCUCCUGCCGACGGCCACCUGGAGAUUUCUCCUCGUCGCCACCUACCUGAACGUCUUCCUCAGGACGAAGGAGCUAGUGAAAAAUUCGGGAGCUGCCCUCUGGGCCGAGAGACAGAUCCUCAAUAAGUAUCGAAAGGCAACACUCGAGGAGAUCGAAAAAUUCGACGACGUGUGCGCUGUCUGCCUCUUCACCAUGGUCAAGGCACGAGUCACCCCCUGCCAUCAUCUAUUCCACGCCGAUUGCUUGAGACAGUGCCUCAAGACCAGCGACAAAUGCCCCAUGUGCAAGAGGGAGUUGAAAUUCGAUUGAUUAAUUAUUUGGGGUUUAUUCUCUUCAUUGUUACGCUUUUGGAGGGGCGAGGGGCUUUCGACGACAGCGAGGGAGAUUUUUGUACUUUGAUACUGACACAAGGGAUAUUUUUGUUAGAUCAUUUUUCUUGUAGAUUUUUCAUCAAGGUAUUUCGUUCGAAAAAGAAUGACACACACAAACAAAUUUUAUGGAAUAACAGCGAAUUCGAGGGAAUUUCUACGGGACUUCUAGUGGAAAUUCUGUUAGUUUGUGGUUAAUUGUAUUGAAGAAUUCCCCGGUUUCACUUUGCGUUAUUUUAUAGAAAAUUUCUAGUUGAAAAUAUCAGUGGAAUUUCAGGUUCUACACAAAUUUUUCUAAUAAAACAUUUUCCAUAGGAAUUCGUCGACAUGAAUUCUCCACGAUUUUUGCAGUUUAUUUUUCUUCUUUCAUUAAUAAAAUAAAAUGAAAAAAAAUGGAAAUUUAGAGACGAGGAAUUCCUAUAGAAAAUAAUUUAUUAUCUGUAUAGAAUAACUAUUAUAUUAUUAUACUGACUUAUUUUAUUGUUUUCUUUCCAAUUUUUCUUUGCGGUUAGAUUAAAUUAAAUUUAUUGGAUUCUAUUCCCAUUGUAGUAUACAAAUUGUGGGAAUAGUUUUUCUCAUUUUCAAAUGAAGAUAUUUAUGAUAAAUAAUAAAGAGGGUAUUGAUACUUUUUGUUAGGAUGAUGAUCGAUUCGCAAGAAAAUAAAAAUUUCGAUUUUUCAAUGUCUCUGGAAAGUUUUAAAAUUGAUAUACUUUUUCAAUUAAUGG